UUGUGUCCAUUUACAAAUAAUAAUAAUUUCAAAAAACCUGGGGCUACCCCCCCUUUUCUAAUACUUAGGUUGUUUUUCUAAGUUUCUCAAAAUCCAAGGUAAUAAAAUACAUGGACAUUUAUUUGAGCUGGGCUGGAGGUGCGUUGAACUCUCCUAGAAAUACAGGAAGUGUUCCAAGAACUCAUGUGUUCAUUCAUUCAUUCAUUCAAACCUUGAAUAAAUUCCUUGUUUUGUGGAUAGUUCAACUUGGGCAUCAGACAGACUAGGACUAGAAUCUUACCUCCUCUACUGUGUUAACCUUAGGCUCUUCUCCCCCCCACCCCUCCUCCUCUUUCUCCUCCUUUUACUCCUACCCCCAGUUUAAUCUGCAAAGUGGAUCUCUAUCUGAAGGAUCAUUGUAAAGAACAAAGGAGAUAAUGUGUAAACAGCACAUCCAUUGAGUUGUGAAGACCCCAAACCAGAAACCAUCCUUGAUUCAGCUCUUAAUUGAUCCACAAUCUAAUACUUCAAGUUCUCUACUUUCAGAAUAGAUUCUAAAUUAAUUGUUUUGUUCCAUAUCCAUUGCUGUCAUCCCGAAAGCCACCAUCUCUCUCCGAAACUACUUCCUAAUGUCUCUCUGUAUUUACUUCUGCUCCUCCAUAACCAGCUCUUCACUGAAGGAGCCUUUCAAAUGAAUUUUUCACAGAUAACUUGUGGGGCACACUCCCUUGCUCAUGGCAGGAAGCGCUGGAUGGACUGAACCCACCACAGCUGGCCACACUGCUACUGGGGAUGCCUGGGGAAGGGGAGGUGGUCAGUCCACAGCCUAUGCCCUGGCCUUUACCCGGACGCCUGGCUUUCAAACCCCCUCAGAGUUCCUGGAGAACCCCAGCCAGAGCUCCCGACUGACAGCCCCCUUCCGGAAACACGUCAGGCCCAAGAAGCAGCAUGAGAUUCGGAGACUGGGAGAGUUGGUAAAGAAGCUGAGUGAUCUCACAGGAUGCACCCAGGUUGUGGACGUGGGCUCAGGCCAGGGCCACCUCUCCCGCUUCAUGUCUCUGGGGCUGGGACUAAAGGUGAAGAGCAUUGAAGGGAAUCCGAGACUGGUGGAGAGAGCCCAGCGCCUGGACCAGGAACUCCUUCAGGCUCUAGAAAAAGAGGAGAAGAAGAACCCACAGGUGGCCCAAACAGGCCCUCGCCACUCCCCUUACCACGUGGUCCAAUGGGUGGACCCCACAGCCCUGUGUGGGGAGCUUCUGCUUCCGCUGGACAGCUCACAGUGUGGCAGUGCCCGCCUGCUGCUGACGGGCCUCCACGCCUGCGGGGAUCUGAGUGUGGCCUUGCUGAGGCACUUCUGCUGCUGCCCGGAGGUGGUGGCCCUGGCCUCUGUAGGCUGCUGCUACAUGAAGCUUAGUGACCCUGGAGGCUACCCACUGAGUCAGUGGGUGGCUGGGCUGCCUGGCUAUGAACUGCCCUACAGGCUCCGGGAGGGGGCCUGCCAUGCCCUGGAGGAGUAUGCCAAGCGGCUACAGAAAGCUGGCCCUGGCCUCCGAACCCACUGCUACCGAGCAGCACUGGAGAUGGUCAUCCGACGUGCCCGGCCUGAGCUCCGUCGGCCUGGGGUGCAGGGGAUCCCCAGGGUCCACGAGCUCAAGAUCGAAGAAUACGUGCAGCGUGGGCUACAGCGAGUGGGACUGGAUCCCCAUCUGCCGCUGAACCUGGCGACCCUCCGGGCCCACCAGGCCCAGGAGAACCGUGUGGUGGCCUUCUUCAGCCUGGCACUUCUUCUGGCCCCGCUGGUAGAGACGCUGAUUCUGCUGGACCGGCUGCUCUACCUUCAGGAGCAGGGCUUCCAUGCUGAGCUCCUGCCCAUUUUCAGCCCAGAGCUGUCUCCUAGAAACCUGGUUCUGGUGGCCACCAAGAUGCCCCUGGGCCAGGCCUUCUCUGCCCUGGAGACUGAAGACAGCUGACAAACCCUGAGGCAGACCCCUUCUGAAACACCAUGGGUGCACAGCAGCCUGCGUCCUCCCUGGGAUCCCAGCUGUCUACCAACUUCGUUUCAUACUCUCUCUCCAUCCAUGUUAUGUAAUAUUGUGUGAAGUUUUAUUGUUAAUU